AUGGGUGAAACUGGGAUAGGCAUUGGUGAAAAUGGGUGUGACUUGGGUAAAACACAGAUUGGCAUUGGUGAAAAUUGGUGUGACAUGGGUGAAGCUGGGAUAGGCAUUGGUGAAAAUGGGUGUGACUUGGGUAAAACACAGAUUGGCAUUAGUGAAAAUGGGUGUGACAUGGGUAAAACACAGAUUGGCAUUGGUGAAAAUUGGUGUGACAUGGGUGAAGCUGGGAUAGGCAUUGGUGAAAAUGGGUGUGACAUGAGUAAAACUCAGAUUGGCAUUGGUGAAAAUUGGUGUGCCAUGGGUGAAGCUGGGAUAGGCAUUGGUGAAAAUUGGUGUGACAUGGGUGAAGCUGGAAUAGGCAUUGGUGAAAAUGGUGUGACAUGGGUAACACUCAGAUAG